CCGGCGAGAGGAAUCUGCAGCUCGCUCGCUCGCACACUCACGCGCGAGUUCCACCCGGCACUCGCAAGCUGAGAAUUGGAGGUUCGGCGUCGACUUCAAACUCGGCGCAGUUUGAAGCGACUCAAGUGGGUGGUUUGCAGAGGGAGCUUCACGAGGAAGGACGUUUGCGAGUGGGUCUCGGCUCCAGGAACGCGCGUUGCAGCGUCGGCACUGCGGCGAGACCGCAAACCUCCAGGGACGCCAUGCGGCAGAAGAGAUGGGCAUUCCUGACCCUUUUCGUAGCAUUUUUCCCCGUGAUGCACGGCUCAGACCUGGGCACGGAGGAGAACCCCGUCUUUGACCUGUUCGAGAUCAGCAAGCUCAACCGCAGGAACAGCGGCGUGCGGCUGGUGCGGGGCCCCGACCCGGACAGCUCCGCUUACCGCGUGGUGCGCCCCGAGCGCAUCCCCGCUGCCUCGGACAAGCAGCUGCAGCGCCUGCUGGCGCUCAUGCGGGACGAGGAGGGCUUCGUGUUCGUCGCCUCCAUCCAGCAGGACGCGCGCACCCGCGGCGCCCUCGUGAGCGUCCAGACGCAGGACGGGGCCUCGUCGGCGCGCCGCUUUCAGAUCGUCUCCAACGGGAUCGCCAACACCCUGGACCUCGCCUACUCCGUGGAGGGCAUGCAAAGCGUCGUCUCGUUUGAGGACGUGGACCUGGCCAACGGCGACUGGCAGAACCUGACGCUGCACGUGAGCGGCGAGCACGCCAGGCUCUUCAUCGGCUGCGACCUCGUCGAGAACAUCAUCCUGGAGGGCCCCUUCUACGAGCAGCUGUCCGGCCCGCAGAGCCGUCUCUACAUCGCCAAGGGCAUGGUCAAGGAUGACGACUUCAAGGGCUCGCUUCAGAACAUGCACUUCAUCUUUGGCAUGGCCGUGGAGGAGCUUCUCCGCAACAGAGGAUGUCCACUCGCUGCCCAGCCCGAUGGCCUGGUCCUUGCUCCCUUGGAACAGGCUGGACUUGAGAGCACGAGUUCUGCCAUUGUCAAUAACAUCUUGGGCCAGAAGAUGGGCAAGACGUUGGAGCCAGCUGGCUACUGUGACUACUCUUGCAAGGAUGUUACACACAUGUUCUCCGAGAUGAAGGGACUCCGCGUCAUCGUGAGCAACCUUGUGGAUGACAUCCAGAAUCUGAGUGAUGAGAAUACGAAGCUGCAUCGCAGCCUGGGCAUCACAGAGAAGGGCAUGUGCUGGCACGAUGGACGAGUCUACGAGAACCACGCCGAGUGGACGGUGGACAGCUGCUUCUCCUGCACUUGCCAGGACUCCAAGACCAUGUGUCGCCAGUUGUCCUGCUCCCCUGUUGCCUGCAUGAAUGCCGUCGUGCUGGAGGGAGAGUGUUGCCCAACCUGCAUAACGGUCGACAAAGGCGAGGGCUGGUCCCCGUGGUCCGAGUGGACCGAGUGCUCCGUGUCGUGCGGAACGGGCUCCCAGCAGAGGGGCCGCUCCUGCGACCGCAUCAGCAGCACAUGCGAGGGGCCCUCCAUCCAGAUUCGCAAGUGCCACACCAAGAACUGCGACAAGAGGGUGAAACGUGACGGCGGCUGGAGCCACUGGUCACCCUGGUCGUCGUGCUCCGUGUCGUGUGGCGACGGCGUCUCCACGCGCAUCCGUCUCUGCAAUUCUCCCGUCCCUGUGCUGGGCGGCCGCGAGUGCAACGGGCAGGGCCGCGAGAACGUCCCCUGCAACAAAGAACCCUGUCCUAUCGACGGCAACUGGGGACCCUGGACUCUGUGGUCGCCGUGCCCCGUGUCAUGCGGAGGGGGGCUCCGUGAGCACACGCGCCUCUGCAACAACCCCGAGCCGCAGUUCAACGGCAAGAAAUGUGUGGGAGACGGACGCGAGACGGACAUCUGCAACAAGGAAGAAUGCCCCAUCGAUGGCUGCCUUUCCAGCCCGUGCUUCACGGGCGUAGAAUGCACGAGUUUCCCAGAUGGCUCAUGGAAGUGUGGCCCCUGUCCCGCUGGCUUCCGUGGGAGCGGAGCAGAAUGUCUUGACAUUAACGAGUGUGAAGAGGUGAAGGACAUCUGCUUCCAUCUGAACGGGAUCCAUCGCUGUGAGAACACAGCACCCGGGUUUCACUGCCAACCCUGCCCGGCGCGCUACGGUGGAAACCAGCCGUUCGGCGUGGGACUGUCUGAUGCCAAGCGAGCGAAGCAGACGUGCGAGCCCAGAAACCCCUGCAAGGAUGGCACUCACAACUGCCACAAGCACGCCAAGUGCAUCCACCUGGGCCAGUUUGCAGAGCCUCCGUUCAAGUGUGAGUGCCGCACGGGCUAUGCUGGCAACGGGGUCAUUUGUGGAGAGGACACCGACCUUGACGGCUGGCCCAACUACAACCUGACCUGCGUGGUCAAUGCCACUUAUCACUGCCGCAAGGACAAUUGCCCACACCUGCCUAACUCGGGUCAGGAGGACUAUGACAAGGACAACAUGGGUGACGCCUGUGACGAUGACGAUGACAACGAUGGAAUUCUCGAUGACAGGGACAACUGCCGACUGCAGUUCAACCCGAGGCAGUACGACUACGACCGCGAUGACGUGGGAGACCGCUGUGACAACUGCCCGUACAACCACAACCCGGGGCAGAUUGACACGGACGGGAACGGGGAGGGGGACGCCUGCUCCGUGGACAUCGAUGGAGACGGUAUUCUAAACGAACAAGACAACUGUCCUUAUAUCUAUAACGUGGACCAGAAGGACACGGACAAGGAUGGCGUUGGCGACAUGUGCGACAAUUGUCCACUGGAGCACAACCCAGAGCAGAUGGACACAGACUCUGACCUCAUUGGAGAUAAGUGUGAUAACAAUCAGGACAUUGAUGAGGAUGGCCAUCAAAACAAUUUGGACAACUGCCCCUAUGUGCCAAACUCUAAUCAGGCUGACCAUGACAAAGAUGGCAAAGGUGACGCUUGUGAUUGGGAUGAUGACAACGAUGGAAUUCCCGACGACAAGGACAACUGUCGACUCGUGCCAAACCCUGACCAACUCGACUCUGAUGGCGAUGGGCGAGGCGACGCCUGCAAAUACGACUUUGACAACGACGGAAUACCGGACGUUGAGGACAACUGCCCUGAGAAUGCGGCUAUUUUCCGGACAGACCUGCGUAAGUUCCAGGUGGUUCCCCUCGACCCCAAGGGCACAGCUCAGAUCGACCCGAACUGGGCGGUGCGCCACCAGGGCAAGGAGCUCGUGCAGACGGUCAACAGCGACCCAGGGAUGGCCAUCGGGUACGACGAGUUCAACGGCGUAGACUUCAGCGGCACUUUGUUUGUAAACACGGAGCUCGACGACGACUACGCGGGCUUCGUGUUCGGCUACCAGUCGAGCGGCCGCUUCUACGUCGUCAUGUGGAAGCAGGUGACGCAGACCUACUGGCAGAACAAGCCGACGGUGGCGCACGGCUACGCCGGCUUGCAGAUCAAGGUCGUCAACUCGUCCACGGGACCGAGCGAGAACCUUCGCAACGCGCUCUGGCACACGGGGGACACCCCUGGACAGGUGCGCACUCUGUGGCACGACCCUAAGGUGAUCGGCUGGAAAGACUUCACAGCCUACAGGUGGCAUCUUGUCCACAGACCCAAGACUGGCUUCAUCAGGGUUGUGAUGCACGAGGGAAAGCAGGUCUUGGCUGACUCGGGACCCAUCUACGACAAAACAUUUGCGGGUGGUCGGCUUGGGCUCUUUGUGUUCUCCCAGGAGAUGAUUUACUUUUCAGACCUCAAGUACGGCUGCAAAGAUUCUUAGAUGAAAACCUGAACGAGACAAAGGUACCAGCCAUUGUACCAGAUAUUUUCCCAAAGCUACCUUGCAAAUGCUUCGAUCAAUAUUCAGCGAGUGAUUGGCUGAAACAUAACCACAUUAAUGGAGGGUGUAUUCAAUGUAACGUUUGGGUUAUACUUUUGUAUACCUUCACACAAAUGUAGAACUCACCAGGAAUCACUCGUUCCAAGUGACGCAGCUUUAUCCGAAGCAAAGCUAGAGUACAAGAAAUGUAACGACGUCACAGGGGACUCCACACAGCAAUUUAAUAUUUCAACUUCAGAUACGGCAGUGGACUCCCCUCUAACAUAUAGCUGUGGUGAAUAAGCAAUUGUUACGCAUUAUUCUCAACGUAUGACUGAUGCCAUCUGUUGAUUAAACUUCCAAAGUAUACAGUACCUCGGUAAAAUGCUUAAGAUGUUGGAUGCUUGAGGUGUUAAUAAUGGAUGUUGUUGCAUUUUGAUAAAUGUAGAGUAGAAAUAUAAGAUGUUACGUCAAACUUGCAAUGUUAUCUUUAUAUGCUUGAAAUUAAUGGAAAAAAAACACAUAUACGGACUAUUUAAGAAAUCAUUUUAUACUUGCAUUUUUUUUUUACAUUGACAUCUUGUCAAGUUUGCAAGACCAAUGCGUGUCCAAAGAGUUGAUUGUAAACAGCAAUGUGCGGCAAAUUUCUUAGCAAAAUUUUUUACACGUAACAUCCAGCUCACCUGGGAAUCAUAUUCAGGUUUCAGAACUGAAAGAUUGAGUCCACUGUAGAUAACGUUUUGUUAUGUAUGAAUUAAAUUAUUUAUUUUCAUGUCAAUGUCAAUUGUGUAUGAUUCUGAUUACUCUCCAGUUGGUGGUAUUGUGCUGCUUCAGGAAUGAAAAAGGAAAUCUGUAUGAUUGUAAAUAAGUAUUUAUUUCUAAAAUUACCCAUUUAUUCUGAUCGGGUGUGGGACGAAACACAAAGCCAGGGGGCUGAACCAUCGGGGGUUUUUUUUUAGAGAAAGUGACAGAUGAGCUCUGUUAGUGACGAUUCUUUCCCGAUCACCAAUUUCCAUAUUUUAAUGUGGAUGUGUCGGGUCUUUCUACAUGUCAUAUUUGGAUGCCAUGUUCCCCCCCCCCCCCAAAAAAAAAAAUUAGCAUGUCGCUUAUUCUGGAUGGCGUUAACUUUAUGGUCAUUAAAAGAGAAAUAUGGAGGCACAUAAAAGUCAGAACUUUUAAGGGAAAUCAGCUGAACAGGAGCAGGGAGGUGGUGAGUAUUGAGGGUGAUGAGUAAUGGAGGUGACCUCACCAAGGUUGGAUUGAAUAAGUAUUUCAGUAGGAAAAAUAUAUUGGCCUUUCACCAACUUUUAAAGGCUACUAUGCUUGUGUGAAAUAAUUCAUUGGAUGAUGUAGUCAGUUAAAUUCCCCACUGAAAUGUUUUCAUUAAAGAUAUUUCCCCCGAAAAAUGUUAGCAGAUGGAAAAAGUACAUUCCACACAAAUCGCAUUAUCAAAUGUAUCCUUGUUUUACCCAAUUCGUCCAUUGUUGAUUUGAAACCUGUUUACACGAGAACAUCAAUGGGUAAAUCUUUGAUUUGUACAUAUGAAAACAUCCCAUUUCCAACAAGAACGCUCACGACUAUUUCUGCGAAGUGAGAUUUAAAUGGAAAACAAGAACGCGCACAUUGCGCGUACGCUUUCAGUUAAAAAUCAGCAAACAAUCAGGAUGCACCGAGUACAGUAAUCAUUUCACAUAUACGGUUCAUUGAAGAAAUCAUACGGUAUUUUUUACUGCAUUGUUGAAAGCUGCCAAACUUGUUCUGUGGCCUGAAAGAUAGUUUGUACCGCCAAUAUUAGUGUAUUUUAAGAAUAAUGUAUGAAAUGUCUGAAAUAAUAAAUGCCCACUUUAUAAUAAA